CCGCACAAAUAUGUACAGACAUUUAGACAACCAAAUCUUUAUUUAUAAAUAUAUACUCCUCAAUAACCACCCAUCUCCUUCUACAUAACUCUCUCUCUCUCUCCUUCCAUACAAAACCAAAAGCUUUUCUCUCUCAAGAACACAAACCCCAAAUGGCUAUAAUGAAGAAAUCUUUAAAACUCACUCAAACAGCAAUGCUGAAGCAGAUUCUUAAGAGAUGCUCGAGCUUAGGAAAGAAGAACGGAGGAGGGUACGACGACGAUUACCUCCCGCUCGAUGUUCCAAAGGGACACUUUCCUGUCUAUGUCGGAGAGAACAGAAGCAGAUACAUUGUCCCAGUCUCCUUCUUGACUCACCCUGAGUUCCAGUUUCUCUUAAGACGAGCUGAGGAAGAGUUUGGAUUCGACCACGACAUGGGUCUCACCAUUCCUUGUGAUGAAGUCGUUUUUCAAAGCCUAACCUCCAUGAUUAGAUGAGGUUUAAGCUAAAUCGUUUGAAGAAGAAGCAGAAGGAGAUGGUUGAAGAAGAAGUAGAAGCUUCUCUUUACAAAAAAUAGCAUCUCUUCGCUUUUCUAAAACGUUUUUAUUUUCCUUCUAUUUUAUGCCCAUCUAGGGUUUUUUCACGAGUUAACUAAUUUACUCGUCUAACAAGAAACAAGCCCGUAUGAGAUAGAUAUUCUAUGGGUUUAGAUCUGUAAAAAAGUUGUAAUGUUUUCCUCGCAGAUCUUGAUUCUGUGAGAGAAGUUGAGUAAUGCCAGAAAGUAUUCCUUUAUUUGUUUAAUAUUUCCUUAUUUUUGUUGAUUCUUGUGCUACUUAUUGUUGUUGUCA